UCGGUAGUGACGCAAGCUUGCGCUUCUCAAAGGAACAGACAAUGGUAAUGUUGAGUGGUGGACGGUUAGCAACACAAGGUUCUGCUUCUCGGAAGAUCAAACAAUGGUAACGUUAGGCGAUGGACGGCCAGCGACACAAGUUUCCACUACGUGAAGGAGCCGAUGCGAGGAAGAUCAUUGCUCGGCAGGAGAGCUUGACACGGUAAGCACACUUUUGAUGUGUCAUGAACUCAACGUUCAAGAUACAGAGCUCGACUCAACAUUACCGUCCUACGGCUCACAUUCAUGAGCGCUCGGGCGAGAACACCCAGUCACGGCAGUAUUCACCCUCAUUUUAUCGGCUUGCAACUUACAAGGACUAUCUCGCAACACACCAUCAGCUUCGUGACUACCUCUAUGACCACUGUCUCGACUCUGCGCUCCUUUGGCAGUGUUUUCGGUACCCGGGCACUAGCCUCGCAAUACCACUGUUUCGCUACCACCGAAAUAUAUUCAGAAUAUAUUUCCAGCCACUCACACAGCACAUUUGCGAUGCUGAAGACCAUUGUGCAUUACGAUCACCGGGAGGUCAUUGGUCUAGUCGUCAUGCCAGAGAACGAGUGUUCUAGUUCUCAGCAAGCACAUCCGGAAAGGUUGGACGCCAUCGUUGAUUCGUCACAGAAUGAAGGUGACGAACCUCGCGGUGAUGCGGUUUCACAGUCAAGUCGUGACGCGAUUCCGCUCGGUGAGCUCUCAUCCCGACAAGAUACGCGAGAGCAGGUGGUUCAGUUCCACACCCACUUGGAAAAUAUUCAGAAUAUUUUUGCUCACCAGCCAGAGAUAUUGUGAAUAUUCUUAUUCGAUGUCAAAUAUAAAUAUCAAGAAAUAUCACUCACUCGCUCACUCUUCACAGCGAGAACUAUCUCAGCUUUGCCUUUGUGAUAUUCAAAACUUCACAACUUGUUUCCAAUCCUCACCCAGAAACCACCUUGCAAAGCAACAUCA